UAUAAAUUCGCUGUUUGGAAAUUCCAAUCACUGAAAACAAAGAUAAUAACUAGUAUUUCACAGUUUUCAGCAACAACAAAAAAACAAACAUGGAUCCGAUAGAUUACAAAGUGGCCGUUAACUCGGAAUACAUUAACGGUCUGAAAAUGAUGGAGUCUGAAAUUAGUUCCAAAAUAGUGAAGACGGAAGUUUUAUCAGACACUGUGGAUAAAAAGUCGACCGAUUCCAAACCGGUUCACACGGAAAUGUCGAAAGAGGCCGAAAACCAUAAAGACCCGAACCAGAAACCUCCGUAUUCCUACGUCGCGCUUAUCGCCAUGGCGAUAAAAGAGUGCAGCGAGAAAAGACUCACACUGAGUGGAAUCUAUCAGUUUAUUGUGAACAAAUUCCCGUAUUACGAAAAGAACAAGAAAGGCUGGCAGAACAGUAUUCGCCACAACUUGAGUCUCAACGAGUGUUUCGUAAAAGUGCCCCGGGAGGGUGGCGGGGAACGAAAGGGGAAUUACUGGACUCUGGACCCGGCUUUCGAGGACAUGUUUGAGAAGGGGAAUUACCGCCGGCGACGCAGAAUGAAGCGUCCGUACCGUCCGUCCAUCUCGCUACCCAAGCCCCUGUUCGCCGACUCCAGCUGCGCUCUGAACCAGUUCGCCUUGACGAAAAACUAUUUCUCCCCUUCGUAUUCGCAGUAUUCUCAAUAUUCGCCCUGGUCCCUGGGCCCCAAUGCCUCGGGCAAUAUGGGCAUGCCUCAGAUUAACAAUUACGGCUCGUGCCAACGCGUCCCCACCAGUCUGACGCCCUACACGGGGAUGCAAGGGGGGAUGCAGAUCUCGCCGACACAAACGCCCUACCCGCACCAGUUUAACGAUUACGGAUCCAUGUCGACGACAGGUCCUUUCGCCUUCCAGUGUAGACAGCAAAAUGAAUCAUUUAACCCAAUGCAUUACACGUAUUGGGCAGAUAGAUAAUUUCAAUGUGAGUUGCGGAGAUUGCGUGAGUUAAUGAAGUUAUCGCUGGAAGUGAAACGAGGCCAAGAGAAGACAUAAUAUUUCCAUUCAUUUGAAGGUGAAAUGAACCAAAAUAAAACAGGAAGACAUUGCACUGUUGGCGUCAGUGGGAGGAACACAUUUCACUUCAGUUACAGCUGAAAUUGAAAACUAGGUGCACAUUUCACGUUCUUUGAUGCUGGAAACAACAACAACAAUCGAACAGUGAAAUGUAUUUGAUUUCAUUUGUUGUUGAAUGGUGAUUGACACAAAUCAAGUGGAUGGAAUCAGGAUAUAAAUAUUUAAAAUCGAAAACAAAAACCAGUUUAGAUUUAUUUCAGAUUCGGCGGAAAUCGAUAAUUAGGUAUACAUUUCACUUUCUUUGAAGCUGAAAAAAAGCAACAGAACAAUUUAUUUUAUUUUAUUUAUUGAAUGAUGGUUGACAAAAAGGCAACUGAUGAAUCAGGAUACAAUUAUUUAAAGCUGAAUGAAACAGAAGUGACAUAUAUCACUUCACUUCAGGAAGUACUAAACUGAAAAUAGCAAGGCACUUCAUCUGAAGUUGAACGAACGUUGAAGAAACAUAAUUAGCUUCAUUUGAAAUUAAUGUAAAUAAGAGGGAAACUGUGCUUCAUCUGAUGUUGAACGAAGUCAAACAGAAAAGCUGGAAUUUAUCCGAGAUUAUAAUAGAACGAACAUAUUUCACUUCAAAUGAUUUACACUGAAACCAGCACGAAUAUUGUACUUCAUUGACUGAAAUUAAACAAUUUUCACUUUAUUUCAAAUUGAAUAAAAUAAGGAGAACUUCAUUUGAAGUAGAGUGUGAAACUGUAAGAAACAUAUUUCACUUCAUUUGAAGUUCAGUUAGGUCGAUGCGAAGAUAUAUUCCAUAUCGUAAUGGAAACCUGGGAAUGCAUUUCACGUCAUGGUAAGUUGAAUGGAACGACAAAAAAAGAGAACAUAAUUAUAUUACGUCGUGAACAUUUAAACUGAGUGUAUCUGAAACAGAAAAAAUGGAUUUCACUUCAGUUAAGCUGAAUAAAGCCAACGAAUACCAUUUUAAAAUUCUCUGAUAAAAGUGAAAUCGGAGACACUUCGUUAUAACGAAACAUUCUAUUUAUUGGUAUCAAUUGUGCAUUACCGUAAUACAUGCAAUUAUGUUUUAUUUCGCUGAAGCAGCUUUUUAAGCUAAGGUUGUAUUUAUUUUUCUUACUUUAAUUUUGAGUGGAACUAAGAAAGAAAUUCAUAUAUUUAUCUAGAUGUAAUAUUCUGAGCCGGAUGUGAGUCUAAUCUCAAAAGUCAAACUUAGAUAGUGAUGUCACAUUCGAAUGAAAUCGAAUACUGUUGCUAUGACAUUAUCGUCUGAAUUUCAAAUCUGACUUUUGGGUACAUGACCAAAACGUUUAUAAUCACGGGCCCAGAAAGGAAACUGCUUUUUAUUUGAUGUGCCUAGCGUUAAUUAAUUUUUUUUAAAGUGAAUUUCAUUAUACUAAUGGAAUUCACUGUAAACAAUUUACUAUUCAUUCAUUUCAUUAUUUAAAAAAAAAAAUUUUGGUUGUCAAAUCCAUUUUCAGGUUAGUUUUAGUAUAUGUCAGUCUCAUAUACAAUUUGUCAUUGAGUUCAAUGCAAAAUUAUAAUUAUUUAUAAUUAUUUAUGGUUUACAAAUUUUGGUUAUGUUAGAAAACAAAUGUUUAACUCUCAUAUCAUUGAGAAAUUAAUUGAAAUUUUAGUUUGUAUUUCCUUGUUGUAUAUUCACACUUACGGCGACACCACUCGAUAUCAGUGUCAUGCGCGAUAAUAGCCAAUUGCAUAGCAAUCGAUGACAUGGUGAUGUCUGUCUUGUCACAAUCUGCUAUUAUCGUAUGUGGUACUCGUAUACUGUGGCGUAGCCUUUACACGUACAUGCAUCGAACUGAGCAUAGUUUAAACAAGAUGUUUCUUUUGUUUAACGACGUCACUAGAGCACAUUGAAUUAUUUAUCAUCGGCUAUUGGAUGUCAAACAUUUGGUAAAUCUGACAUUUAGAGAAGAAACCAUUCGCAAAGAUAUUU